AUGCGCCCCUGCCUGCUCCUGCUGCUCGCGCUGUGCGGGGCGGACCCCGCGGCCGCCGCGCGCAGCUUCAGCUUGCGGGGAACUUGGAGGAUCCGCAACGGGAACGGCUCCCUGGAGCUGCCCGGGGAGGUGCCCGGCUGCGUGCACACCGCCCUGCUCCAGCGCAACCUCAUCCAGGAUCCUUACUACAGAUUUAAUGACCUUAACUACAGAUGGAUCUCCUUGGAUAACUGGACCUAUAGCAAGGAAUUUCAGAUCCCCUUUGACAUUAGCCAAUGGCAAAAAGUAAUUUUGAUUUUUAAGGGCGUGGAUACAGUUUCAGAGGUCUUUUUCAAUAAUGUUCUUAUUGGGAGAACAAACAACAUGUUCAGAAAAUACAAUUUUGAUGUGACUUAUGUGAUCCAAGCCCAAAACUACCUUGAGCUGCGUUUCCAGUCCCCGGUGCUGUACGCAGCCCAGCAGAGCGGGGCUCACAUUCGCUACCAGGUGCCCCCAGACUGCCCGCCCAGCGUACAGAAGGGGGAAUGCCAUGUCAACUUCAUUCGAAAGGAGCAGUGUUCCUUUAGCUGGGACUGGGGCCCUGCCUUCCCGACCCAGGGCAUCUGGAAGGAUGUCAGCAUCAAAGCCUAUGAUAUCUGUCACCUGAACUACUUCGCCUUCUCCCCUACAUACGACAACUAUGCCCAGCAGUGGAAACUCAAAAUAGAGUCUUCUUUUGAUGUUAUCAGCUCAAAGCCAGUCCCUGGUCAAGUGAUCAUAGAAAUACCUAAAUUGCAAACACAGUGGACAUACAACGUUAAACUUCGGCCUGGGAAAAGGAUUAUUAUGCUCUCUGUGAAAAUUAACAAGACAAUUACUGUAGAAACUUGGUGGCCUCAUGGACAUGGAAACCAGACAGGGUACAACAUGACGGUGCUUUUUAAACUGAAUGGAGGCUUAACAAUUAAAAAAUCAGCUAAGGUCUUUUUUAGGACAGUGGAACUGAUACAAGAGCCCAUAGAAGGUUCUUCUGGUCUGAGUUUCUACUUCAAAAUUAAUGGACUGCCCAUAUUUCUGAAAGGAUCAAACUGGAUCCCAGCAGAUUCGUUCCAGGACCGAGUCACCUCUGACUCGUUAUCACUCCUUUUGCAGUCUGUCGUGGAUGCUAACAUGAAUACUCUUCGGGUGUGGGGAGGAGGUAUUUAUGAACAAGAUGAAUUCUAUAAACUCUGUGAUGAACUAGGAAUAAUGGUAUGGCAGGAUUUCAUGUUUGCCUGUGCUCUUUAUCCAACGGAUGCGGACUUCAUAAAUUCAGUGAGAGCAGAAGUUGCUUACCAGAUCAGGAGACUGAAAUCUCAUCCCUCCAUCAUCAUAUGGGGUGGAAACAAUGAAAAUGAAGCGGCGCUAAUGAUGAAUUGGUAUAGCAUAGACUUCACAUACCUCCCUACUUAUAUGAAAGAUUAUGUGAAACUGUAUGUUGAAAACAUCCGAGAGCUUGUUUUGGAAGCAGACAAGACUCGUCCUUUUAUCACAUCCAGUCCUACAAAUGGGAUCAAAUCCAUUGAAGAAGGCUGGCUCUCUACUGACCCAUAUAACAAUCAUUUUGGGGAUGUACAUUUUUAUGACUAUACCAGUGAUUGCUGGGAUUGGAACAUUUUCCCAAAAGCUCGAUUUGCAUCUGAAUAUGGAUAUCAGUCCUGGCCUUCGUUCAGUACAUUAGAAAAGGUUUCAUCUGAAGUGGACUGGUCUUACAACAGCAGCUUUUCAAGUCAUCGACAGCAUCAUGAAAAUGGUAACCAUCAAAUGCUUUUUCAGGCUGGACUUCAUUUCAAACUCCCAUUCAACACAGAUCCAUUACGUGAAUUCAAAGAUACCAUUUACCUUACCCAGGUGAUGCAGGCCCAGUGUGUCAAAACACAAACCGAGUUCUACCGCCGCAGUCGCAGCGAGAUAGUGGACGGGAAAGGGCACACGAUGGGGGCGCUGUAUUGGCAGCUGAAUGACAUCUGGCAGGCUCCUUCCUGGGCCUCUCUAGAGUACGGAGGAAAGUGGAAAAUGCUUCAUUACUUCGCUCGAAAUUUCUUCGCGCCGCUGUGGCCAGUGGGUUUUGAGGAUAAAGGAGUGUUUUUCAUCUAUGGGGUGUCAGACCUUCACUCGAACAGUAUUGUGACGCUCACUGUGAGAGUGCAUAGGUGGAGUUCCCUGGAGCCUGUGUGCUCUCACAGGACCCCGGAUUUGGUGAUGAGAGCAGGGAAGGCUGUCCUCCUCUAUCAGGAGCUGGUGUCUGAAAUGCUGCAGAGAUGUGGGCAUUGCACACGGCAAAGCUGUGUGGUUUCCUUUUACCUGUCAACCAGCAGCAAACCCUUGAGCUCAACCAACUAUCACUUCCUGUCCUCACCGAAGGAGGCUGAAGGGCUCCAGAAGGCAGACAUCACUGCCACCAUCUCUCAGCACGAGGACACCUUUGUGUUUGACCUGGAAACCUCGGCAGUGGCGCCCUUCGUGUGGCUGGAUGUCGGGAGCAUCCCAGGGAGAUUCAGCGACAAUGGUUUCCUCAUGAUGGAGAAGACGCGCUCUGUGCUCUUUUACCCCUGGAGGCCCACCAGCAAGAGUGAGCUGGAGCGGUCUCUGCACGUGACUUCCUUGGCGGAUAUUUACUAA